UUUCUUCUCCAUCUUUCUUAUCUAAUCUAUCAUCACAGUUUAUCCGCGGGCAAGGACGAAGGAAGGAACUAACAGACGGAGCCGAUUCGACCCGAAUCCAAAUACGGACCCGAGUCGCCGCUACCUAAUCGCUGCCGCGUAUUUUUCUUCGCGAUAAAGAGUAUUAAUCUGCUGCCAUGGCCUUUAAAUCUCUCUUUUGUUUCUAUUGCUUUUAGGGUUCUUGAAAUUCGAUUGCUGGCAUUUGACUUGGUUAGGGUUGGAGGGAGAGGAGGAGGUCAUUUUAGGGUUUGUGGUUUUUGCUCGGAUUUCAAUACGGGGAAAAUAGGUGUGGGUUGGGAGGAUAAUGUGUAUACUGUGUGUGAUUCAAAAGUGGUCUCGCCGGGUUGCUACAAUGCUGCCUUGGUUGGUUUUACCUCUUAUAGGACUGUGGGCUCUCUCCCAGCUUCUGCCACCUGCUUUUCGUUUUGAGAUUACUUCUCCUAGGUUGGCUUGUGUUUUUGUGCUCGUAGUUAUUCUCUUUUGGUAUGAGAUUUUGAUGCCCCAGCUAUCAGCUUGGCGGGUGCGGAGGAAUGCACGGCUCAGGGAGAGGAAGAGAUUCGAAGCCAUUGAGUUGCAGAAGCUUAGGAAGACAGCUACACGGCGUUGUCGAAAUUGCUUGACUCCUUAUAGGGAUCAGAAUCCGGGCGCUGGUCGGUUUAUGUGUUCUUAUUGUGGGCAUGUUUCAAAGAGACCUGUUUUGGAUGUGUCUCUACCAUCUAGUAUGGGAACUGCAGAUACAAGUAUUAUUAAGGACAUGGUCGGAAAAGGUGGUAAAAUGCUUAAUGGAAAAGCAUGGAAUGAUAGUGGAUGGAUGUGCAAUCAAGAUUGGCUAGAAAACGGGAAUUGGAUUGGUGGGUCUGUUGCAGGGAAAUCAAGUUAUUGGAGGAAGAAUGGGAGUGCGAUUUUCGGAGGAGAUGAGCUUUGCCUGGCUGAGAAAUCUUAUUCAGGUGUUUUACUUCUUGUGUGCAAGCUGCUAACAUCAUUUCUAAUGAGCAUUAGAUGGCUUUGGAGAAAGAUUUUUAGGGUUAGUUCGUCCAGGGAGGAUGCUUCUGCUGAUGCAGAUCAUCGGGACUUAUUGGCUAAGCGGAGUGAGAGUGGAACAAAUGGCCAUGAGAGUAGAGGAGAGAAAGCACGCAGAAAAGCUGAAGAGAAGAGACAAGCAAGGUUAGAGAGGGAGCUUCUGGAGGAGGAAGAGAGAAAGCAGAGAGAGGAGGUUGCAAGAUUGGUGGAGGAACGGAGGAGACUAAGGGAUGAGAAAAUGGAGGCUGAAAGAGAUCACAACAAGAUGUCAAUGCCAGCCCGGGAGAAAGAAAGUAAAAGGGAAUCUGAGAAGAAGCGUCAGGAAAGAAGGAAAGAGAAAGAUAAGGGAUCUAGCAAGAGCAACUCUGAUGCUGAAGAGCUUGAAAAGAAAGCUUGUAAGGAUGCUGAACGGAAGCGAGACAGUGAGAAAAAGAAUGAUAUCGAUCACAGGGAACAGAAAUCUGGGACAAAGAGUACAUCUACCAACAGUUUUAACCGUGGGAACACUGGAACUAGAUAUCUUGAUCGCAUGAAGGGUACACUUUUGUCUUCAUCUAGAGCUUUUAGUGGUGGUAGUUUCUUUGGAAGAGGUGCUAGCACUUCUAACAAGUUCAGUAGUUCUGCAGAUCAUGUUAAUGAUACUGUUCAUAGGAGGGAUUUAUAUCCUCCUGAGCGCAUAGCUGGAAAGGCAAUUAUCAACAGAGAUGAUAAGAGCAUCAGCCGCACUCAGGUGCUCUCUGAACCCCAGCCAAGAACAGAACCUAAAAAAUCGUGGCAGCAAUUGUUCACCCGUUCAUCUUCUCCUCCACCAUCCUCAAAUGUAAAUGUCAUCAGUAGGCCUAACUCAAAAUCCCCAUCCGAAGUACAAAGUCUGCAGUUACAGGGUCAAUCAUCAAUGCAGUCCUUUGAUAACCCAAUCAGUUUUGGGCUGCCAUCACUGUUCAGUCCUCCUGUGUAUGCAAGUGGAUCUACAAGUGGUAGUUUAGGCUUUUCACCUACAAUCGAACCUGUCUUUCCUCGCACCGGAGAAGGGCCUCAUGAUUUUAUACCUGAAGAGGUUUUUGAAGAUCCAUGUUAUAUUCCUGAUCCCAUAUCCUUGCUUGGGCCCGUUUCAGAGUCACUUGACAACUUUCAUCUAGACUUGGGGACUGGUUUUGGAACAGACCUGGGAAUGGAAGGACCCCAUGUUAUGAAGAAUCGAUCUUCUUCGCCUGAAGUCCACAAGCCAUCUCCAAUUGAGUCUCCUUUGUCACGAUUACGGAUGGCGGAUGAAAAGCUUAAUAAUUCCAACUGGUCAUCAAGUACCCCUACGGUUCAAGACAUGCACGCAUUACCUGGAAAUCAUGCAAAUGCCAAUGCAAGUGAGAAAGGGACGUGGCAGAUGUGGAACAGUUCUCCUCUUGGUCAGGAUGGUUCAGCAAGCUUGUUUUUACCCCAAGAGCUGUACAGAUCAAAUAUGGAAGAGUUUCUGCAUCCUUCAACUCAGAAAUCGAUGACAUCGCUGUUUACAAAAGAUGAUCCAAUUCUCUCUGGCACUCAUUCUCCUCGUAAGGUAUUUAUGGGUAGUAGCCAAAAUGGUGGACUGUUCAGCCAUGCCACCAGUUCUGGUGAUCCUCACCCAUGGUUGCCAAAUGCUUUCUUUCCUCCAUUAGCGGGCAGUGAGAACCAUUUCCCUCUCAGACCUCGUGAGGAAUACAGUCAGAAUGAUAUGAAUUAUGGAAGUCCUCAUGGAUCCACAACCAAUUAUUCAUGUGAGGUGUCUCCAGCAAAUUCUUGGGCCAAAAAGGAACAGGCUAUUCCAUUUUCAGCAGAGGGUGUAGGGAAUUCAUCUGUCAUAAGGCCUCCUAUUGGGAAUUUAUUUCCAAACUCAGAUGUACAGUCACUUUGGUAAAUUUAAUCCAGAGAGAGAAGUGACAAUAUGAGGGACUUAUAAAAUACACCUGAUAUGAAGAGGCAAACAGCCUCUUUUUGAGAGUGUAGAAUACCGGACGGAUUGUAUCUUCCUCUUCUUUAUAAGGAAGAUUGAUGUUAAGUUGCUAACAGUAGCAUGGAUAGGAGGAAUAUACAUGGCAUGCAUUCACUUGCGUGUCUGAUAAGAGGUAGGUCUCUUUACAUUUCUCUUGAAUUUCUAGCUUCGAUUCUAAUGGGGGGAAGAGGGUAUCCUUUUUUUGAGAACAUAUAUACAUAUAUGUUCUUUAUAAGAGAAUGGUUUACAGUUU